CUUCCAUCUAAACAUCAUCCACAGCAAAGCGACUCCAUCAUGCCUCGCCGCGGCUCGCCGCGCGUGGGUGCGUCCGCGCCGGUGCCGGCUUCAACGGCGGCUGAGGACGCGCUCGGACCCAGCGCGCGCGUGUCUUUGCGGUCGCGUGGGAUAUCAGAUAACGCAUCGAGCGAGGUGUCAAUAGCGAGCUCGCCCCUUACUCCCACCAGCGAGGUUCACGAGGAGAAGAAAGGCAAGGGACCGGAGCGCCGGGUGCUGCCUGCACGGAUACGGCGUGCUGCCGGCGGAGCAGAGGGCAUACGCGAGCUCGAGGAGAUGGUGGUGGACUGGCUUGAGCGGUAUGCCGACUGCAGUUCAGGACCACCGAAGGCGCUGCAGAUCACGCUGACGACGCUCCCUCGUGCGCUGGUUGCGCCCAAGCUGUUCUCCACAGGGGCCAAGCACGGGAUCGGGAUAGAGAAGGACGGUUCCGCGCAGCGAUUCCAGCCUGAAGCCGGCCCGUCGCGGCCGCGCAUCGAGACACCAUCGUGGACGUUUGUGCGUGCGGGCGAAGACGACAAGGAGGAAGCGCGCGAGGAGCUUGCCGCCCAGCGUGCGCGCCUGCCGCAUUCACCAACGAAGCGGCUGCGCGGCGGCCUGGUGGGACACGAGGUGGGCGAGGACACGUCGGACGCAUACUACGAGAAGCAGCACCGCAAAUUCGAGGUGUUUGAGCGACGGCAACGCAUCCGCGAGCGCGAGCAGCUCAGCUUUGAGCGGUACAAGAUGCGGGCGCGCGUAGACUUGCUGCGCGCGCUGCCUGCGCCCCAGUGGGGGGCAGUCGUGAGCGGCGUGCUCGCCCGCCCGGAUAGGGGGUGGGAUCGCGGGCGCGCCAAGCUAUCUGCCGAAGGGGCGGACUGGCUGCGCCGCCGCCUGAUCCGCGAGGGCAAGGAGCUGUUGACCCGCUACGACGAGUUGCUCCCCAACACGGCCGAGAACAAGAAACCCCGUUUUCUGGAUCCGCCGCUCUCGAGCUCCGUGUCGCCGCCCCCGAGUCGGCGGACCGAGUCCAAGCGCCGCGGACCGUCCCGCCUGCAGAGCGUCAAUCCUGAGACUUCGCCGCGCAAACGCGCGCGCACGACCACGCCCAAGGUAGAGCCUGAGGCCGACCCAGAUAGCGACUCGAGUCUAUCAGAUCCGCCUUCGCCUACACCCCCGCCCUCCCCACCUACACCACCGCCAAAGAAGAUCAUCCUCCGCCUACCCGCCAGGAGCUCACUCACGCCCCAGCCCGCGUCGCGCCCUGCCUCCCCGGCCGGGCGCAAGCCGCCAAAGAAGCGGAGCGCGCCUCAACCCCAGGCCGUCCUGUCUAAACCUCGCCUUCGCUUGCGUGCCGCCCAACCUGCGGCACUCGUGCAGACGAAAUUGACAUUCGCGCCUGUGGCAUCGAGAGUGGCAGACCCAGGGCCAGAUGUACCACCAGAUCACAAGCCGCAGCUCGAUCCUCCGGAAGAGAGCGCGGAUCCUCCGGAAGGGAGCGUCCACGCGGCCAAAGACCAUCCGCCAUCCCCAUCUACGCAUACCUCUCCACUUGCGCUUUCCAAAGCUUCACCUCCCGCCGGGAAAGCAGGCUUGGGCCCAGCCCCCUGGCUUUCGUCAGCGGCGCCUGGAAAGGCAUCACAUCCUGCACCUCCAGCCACUCCUCCUCGCCCCCUUCCCCCCUCCACAUACAGCAGCAUAGCAGGCGUGCCUCCGCCCGUCGCAACUCCCAAGCUCCCACCCCAUAUUUCCCCCACUACCCAGCCGAAGCCCCUCCUACCCCCCUCCAGGCCGACGUUCUGGGCCGCACACGCUCCCGCCCCGGCGGGCAUUCAGACACUGGGAUCUGCGCAACAGAGCACACCGCCGCGGCCUCCCGCCCCGGCUCCUACUUCAGCUCCGGCUCCAGCUCCUACUCGUAUUCCUGCUCCAACUACAGCUGCUACUCCGGCCCCUGUUCCAGUUCCAACUUCAGCCCAAGCAGGGAACAGGUGGUGGACGCCUCAGAAUGCCUCGGUCCGGCCUGACCCCUCCGGAGCGUACACGGCUCCGCCAGCGCCGCAAUUGCCAGACUCCACGUCGCCGACCAAGCGCCGCCGCGUGCAGCCACGUACACCCAGCAAGCCGGUCCUUGAGGAAGCCGCGCGGAAACGUGAGCACGAUGCAGAGACGCCAGACAACGGCAAGAAGCGCCGCGUGCGCCCGUUUGGGAUGCCCCUGCCGCCCUCGGUGGAGCGCAAGUCAGAGUUUGAGCUGCCCGAGGGCGACUACCUCGCUAUACUGACCGCAAGGGAGUCAGCAGCCCGGGAGUCGCCGACGGAGGAGCUCGACAUGGAGGGGGUUGAGGAAGCUGUCGUGCUCUGAAUGUAUAAUAUGAUCGAACUCGCGCUUGCUCUCGCUCGCCUAGCACACUGCACUCACCCAAUAGAAAUGCCCCUGCAUGCAUACACUCAUUCGUCCUU